GCCUGGGGCCUGGAGAGUUUUCCUGCUUGGAGUAGGAGUGGGCUCGGCUGUAGGCACCCUGACCAGCGUCUGUGAAGCUGAACUUUCCAGACCAGGGCUCAGAGAGGGACCCGCCUGGCACUGAGUGCCCCUCCUAAAGCUCAGCAGGUCCCUGCAGGCCCAGACUCAAGGGACAGCCUGGUGGGGGCCACAGACUGAGGGGGCAGGCAGCAGGGCCUCCCCACCUGCCCCACAGAAGAUGCAGUUCUUCGGCCGCCUGGUCAAUACCCUCACCAGCGUCACCAACCUGUUCUCUAACCCAUUCCGGGUGAAGGAGGUGGCAGUGGCGGACUACGCCUCAAGUAACCGGGUUCGGGAAGAAGGGCAGCUGGUCCUUUUCCAGAACACUCCCAGUCGCACCUGGGACUGCAUCCUGGUCAACCCAAGGAACUCGCAUAGUGGCUUCCGACUCUUCCAGCUGGAGUCGGAGGCCGACGCACUGGUGCACUUCCAGCAGUUCUCGUCGCAGCUGCCGCCCUUCUACGAGAGCUCCCUGCAGGUCCUGCACCUCGAGGCCCUCCAGCACCUGACCGACCUCAUCCGCAACCACCCCAGCUGGUCCGUGGCGCACUUGGCGGUGGAGCUGGGGAUCCGCGAGUGCUUCCAUCACAGCCGCAUCAUCAGCUGUGCCAACAGCACGGAGAAUGAGGAGGGCUGCACCCCCCUGCACCUGGCCUGCCGCAAGGGGGACAGCGAGAUCCUGGUGGAGCUGGUGCAGUACUGCCAUGCCCAGAUGGACGUCACCGACAACAAGGGAGAGACUGCCUUCCAUUAUGCUGUGCAGGGGGACAACUCCCAGGUGCUGCAGCUCCUAGGGAAGAACGCCUCUGCUGGCCUGAACCAGGUGAACAACCAAGGGCUGACCCCGCUGCACCUGGCCUGCCAGAUGGGGAAGCAGGAGAUGGUGCGCGUGCUGCUGCUGUGUAACGCCCGGUGCAACAUCAUGGGGCCUGGGGGCUACCCCAUCCACACCGCCAUGAAGUUCUCCCAGAAGGGGUGCGCUGAGAUGAUCAUCAGCAUGGACAGCAACCAGAUCCACAGCAAGGACCCUCGCUAUGGGGCCAGCCCCCUUCACUGGGCCAAGAAUGCUGAGAUGGCCCGGAUGCUGCUCAAACGGGGCUGCGACGUGGACAGCACCAGCGCCUCGGGGAACACGGCCCUGCACGUGGCAGUGACGCGCAACCGCUUCGACUGCGUCAUGGUGCUGCUCACCUACGGGGCCAACGCGGGCGCCCGCGGCGAGAAUGGCAACACCCCGCUGCACCUGGCCAUGUCGAAAGACAACGUGGAGAUGAUCAAGGCCCUCAUUGUGUUCGGGGCAGAGGUGGAUGUCCCGAAUGACUUUGGGGAGACUCCUGCUCUCAUAGCCUCCAAGAUCAGCAGACAUGCCACCAGGAAGGCGCUCUUGACUCUGCUGAGAACCGUAGGGGCCAACUACCGCAUCUCACUCCUCCAAGAGGUCCCCACAGAGCAGGGUUCCACGGCUUCCUCUCACCCCCUCGUCUCCCCGGAAAGAGCCCAGCCCCCGCCGAUCAGCCUAAACAACCUAGAACUGCAGGACCUCAUGCACAUCUCCCGGGCCCGGAAGCCGGCUUUUAUCCUGAGCUCCUUGAGGGACGAGAAGCGGACCCACGACCACCUGCUCUGCCUCGACGGAGGGGGCGUGAAAGGCCUGGUCAUCAUCCAGCUGCUCAUCGCCAUCGAGAAGGCCUCGGGCGUGGCCACCAAGGACCUCUUUGACUGGGUGGCAGGGACCAGCACGGGGGGCAUCCUGGCCCUGGCCAUUCUGCACAGCAAAUCCAUGGCCUACAUGCGCGGUGUGUACUUCCGCAUGAAGGACGAGGUGUUCCGGGGCUCGCGGCCCUACGAGUCCGGGCCCCUGGAAGAGUUCCUGAAGCGGGAGUUUGGGGAGCACACCAAGAUGACCGAUGUCAAGAAGCCCAAGGUGAUGCUGACCGGGACGCUGUCUGACCGGCAGCCAGCCGAACUCCACCUCUUCCGGAACUACGAGGCCCCGGAGGCCUCCAGGGAGCCUCGCUUCAGCCCCAGUGCCAACCUGAAGCCCCCGACUCACCCCUCAGACCAGUUGGUGUGGCGAGCAGCCCGGAGCAGCGGGGCGGCCCCCACCUACUUCCGGCCCAAUGGUCGCUUCCUGGAUGGCGGCCUGCUGGCCAACAACCCCACCCUGGACGCCAUGACCGAGAUCCACGAGUACAACCAGGACCUGAUCCGCAAGGGUCAGGCCAACAAGGUGAAGAAACUCUCCAUCGUCGUCUCUUUGGGGACUGGGAGGUCCCCACAGGUGCCUGUGACCUGUGUGGAUGUCUUCCGCCCCAGCAACCCCUGGGAACUAGCCAAGACUGUUUUUGGGGCCAAGGAGCUGGGCAAGAUGGUGGUGGACUGUUGCACAGAUCCGGAUGGGCGGGCUGUGGACCGGGCGCGGGCCUGGUGCGAGAUGGUCGGCAUUCAGUACUUCAGAUUGAACCCCCAGCUGGGCACGGACAUCAUGUUGGACGAGGUCAGCGACGCGGUGCUCAUCAACGCGCUCUGGGAGACCGAGGUCUACAUCUACGAGCACCGGGAGCAGUUCCAGAAGCUCGUCCAGCUGCUGCUCUCGCCCUGAGCCCCUCCCGGCCCCUCUGCAAAGCUGGGUGAGGCCACCCACCACGUGGCGCGGAGCCAGGGCCCCACGCCUCCGUCGUCGUCCAGGGAUGGGGCUCGGAGCCUGCACCUUCCUGCCUGAGGCUGGUUCUGAAGGCCUCUCCCCACUGCCUUCCCCACCAUUUGUCACUCCAGACCCAGAAAGCCCAGGGUCCCUGGCCCGCUUCCCGACUGUGAAGGACAUCUGACUUGGCCCGUGGCCCCGCGCCCGGCCGCUAACACUAAGGGUGCCCAGUGUGCCUCCGGCCGGCCUCCCAGGGGCCUGCGCGGCUCUCAGUCCCCGGCAAGUGCAGCCCUCCGUCCUGCUCGCCCGGGGUCGGGGCUGGAGAAAUGGGGCCCCCCACUCUGUCAGCAGGGAAGCCCGGGCUCCAGGAGCCGCGUGCCCCAUUUGACUUUGCCCCUCAGCACACGCCAGGCACCCCACCCUCUGGCCCCACCCCGAGAGCCCUCCCAGCUUUCAAAGGUUACCCUGUGAGUUCACAUCUUCCCUUCGGAAGCGGCUUGAGAGUGGUGAGGGGCUCAGGGGCCCCCAAACUGUGAAAUAAAUGGCUUGGACUGAA